UACCUCAUUAUUAUAUCCCACUCGCUAUCGCAGGUAGUGUGAUCUAUGCUAGAAUCUAGCCACCCAUGUUCCUAAUUAAUACAAAUACAAACCUGAAAAUGACAAACAACAAAACCUUCCCCAAUCAGCUGAAAAGGUGUAAUAUCACCCCUUCUUUCUUCAUUAAUUUAAUUCAUCAAUCAAAACAGCAGAAAGUUAUGGAGAUGAGAGUGCAAAUGUAGGUAGUGGUGUGUUGAGCUGUUGUGUGUGAAUUUGGAAGAGAUCUCGCUGGUUACCAUGGCAUACAUUUCUUCUCCCUUUCACCUACUUCUCAAGAAUAUGCUUGUAUCUUGUAUUAUUUUAGUCUCAGCGCUUGCUUUAAGAAUCAGCUGCUCAAAUCUUCCAUUGAAAGAUUCAACCAUGGGAAACAACUUAAAUGCAAUUUCUUUGCUGGAUAAUGCCUCAACAAAGAACAGCAUGUCUCUCCCUAUUGAUAAUGCCUUUUGGCUUCCUUUUCCAUUGCGCAGUUGGCCUUCAGGUGGAUGCUUUGCAAGUGGAGUCAUUGAUCUUGGAGGAUUAUAUGUAUCUCAAAUAUCGUCCUUAACCAAAGUUUGGGCUACCCUUGAAGGUGGACCAGAUAACCUUGGAGCGACAUUCUUUGAACCGUCAAAUCUACCAAAUGGAUUCUUCAUGUUUGGUUCCUAUAGCCAACCUAACACUAUGCCCCUUUUCGGAUGGAUUCUUGCUGGGAAAGAUACAUCAGGAGGCACUCUAAAGAUGCCAACUGACUACACUCUUGUAUGGAGUAGUCAGGACUCUAAAAUCAAGCAGGAUGGUGUCAGCUAUAUCUGGCUGCCAAUACCUCCGGAGGGUUAUAAAGCCGUAGGCCAUGUUGUCACAACCUCGCCUCAGAAGCCUUCUCUGGAUAAAGUCCGUUGUGUUCGUGCUGACCUCACAGAUACAUGUGAAAGUCAUGAUUGGAUUUGGGGCACCAAUGGCUUGAAUGUGUACUCAUCAAGACCUAGAGACAGAGGAAUGCAAGCUUUAGGGGUGGCAACGGGUGCUUUUAUGGUUCAGAACAAUGACUCACUAGCUUGUUUAAAGAAUGUCAAAGCUAAUACAUCUGCUAUGCCAAAUUUGAACCAAGUUCAAGCAUUGGUUCAAGCAUACUCUCCAGUGAUUUACUUUCAUCCUGAUGAAGAAUUCUAUCCCUCAUCAGUGACUUGGUUUUUCCAGAAUGGAGCAUUAUUAUAUACAAAAGGACAAGAAUCCUCACCUGUUGGUAUUCAGCCCACAGGUUCAAAUCUUCCUCAAGGUGGUUCAAGUGAUGGCGCUUACUGGUUGGACCUCCCAACUGAUGGGGCACCGAAAACUAAUGUCAAGAAAGGACAUUUACAGGGUGCCACAGCCUACUUACACGUUAAACCAAUGUUUGGUGCAACAUAUACUGAUAUUGCUGUGUGGCUAUUUUAUCCCUUCAAUGGAGCUGCAAAAGCUAAACUCGAAUUCAUGACCAUUUCCUUGGGGAAAAUUGGAGAGCACAUUGGCGAUUGGGAACAUGUUACAUUGAGGAUUAGCAACUUCAAUGGGGAGUUACAAGGUGUAUACUUUUCACAACACAGUGGAGGCAUUUGGGUAAGUGCUUCUCAGCUUGAAUUUCAAAAUGGUAACAAACCCGCGGUCUACUCAUCGCUGCACGGACACGCUGCUUAUCCAAAAGCAGGACAGAAUUUGCAAGGGAGUGGGGACGUAGGAAUCAGAAAUGACACCGGAAAGGGGAAGUUGAUGGACAUAGGAGCAAACUUCACAGUAGUAGCCGCAGAAUACUUGGGUUCAACUAUAGUGGAGCCACCAUGGCUUAAUUAUGCAAGGGAAUGGGGUCCAAAAAUUAGCUAUGAUAUAUCGAAAGAGCUCAACAAAAUAGAGAGAUUUAUGCUUGGGAAACUGAAGAAAGCUUUCGAGAAAAUUGUGAGAGACCUACCGAAUGAGGUUUUGGGUGAGGAGGGACCAAUAGGUCCAAAGUUUAAAGACAUGUGGAGUGGUGAUGAAAGGGGUUGAACAUUCACACAAUUCAUCAAAUAUUUAGACAUUGAUCAAAAGGGAUUUGCUUUGAGCCAAUUGUCUUAUCUACUAGUCAUUUCUCUCAAAACAACUUACUUUGGUAAGCCAUGUAAUAAAAAUUGAUAUUUAAUCAAGAUGUUUCUCAGAA